UCGAUAUCAAACGUGACAGCGCAUACGACAAACACAUGCGGCAAAUAUAAAUUUAGUUAACAAUUUUGUUUCGCAUAUAUUUCAGUGUCAUGUCGCAAAAUAACAACAGCAAUAACAACAAGUGUAAGCGCAAGAUAUUAACACAGCGUCAUGCAUGCUCUAGAAUGAAUUUUCUAUACCAGGCGGCCAAUCUCAUGGCGCACAGCAACAACAAUACGCUGGCCGCCUACUAUGGCAAAUUGUGUCGCAAUGUCGGUACUAAAUCGCUAAUGCACAUGUCGCCAGCAUUGAAGCGCACACUUUGCAAACGCUGUUCGCUGCCCUUAUUGCCCGGCGUGAAUACAACUCUGCAGCUGGACAAGAAGCCAGAAGAGGAGACGUCCUUGGAUGAGGAGAAAGAGAAGACGCCAAAUAAACGGAGUCGUCGACGUAAAGCAAAGAGUAAAUCGGUUGGAGCUGCUUCCGUCGACGAGCAAACCAAGCUGGAACUCGAGUGCAGCUUGUGUCAAGCGAAGCGUCGGUUUCAGCUCAACACAAACAAUGAAUGCUGGGUCGAGAGUGCGGCAGCAAUUGUCCAAACUAUCACAGUAAGCAAGCCAUCGGCAGAGGAACGCCCAGAGUUGUGAUAA